UUUCCCAAAAGCAUAGCUGCUAACAAUUACUUAGUUGGGACCAAAUGCCUGACGGGGGUUUUAAGGAAAUGCAACCGCGGGCGGCCUUCGAGGAGCGCAUGUGGAGAUCGGUUCCGCGCGACUUUCAGACCGCCACAUGUGGCCCGCAAUGCGCCGGAAGUGUGCACGGAGUAGGACGUUUUCAUAUUCACACGGUCUGACCUUUUUAAAAAAGCAUUAGGUAAACUGGCAUGGAAGCAAAAAUCUGAGAAUUUUUAGAAACUUAAUUUGAUCAGGAGUUGAGUAUCCCAGUGUCCGAAGGGGGGCGCUGUUCUUGUAAUUAUUCUCCGUGCAGAUCCGUUCCUUCGCCGACUUUCUGUGUGAAUGCGGGUAAGGGGAGGGCCAGCUCAACUCGGCUCGGCUUUCCGUCGGGUAUAUAAACGAGGACAUCCCACUCUGGGCGAAACAGUUGCGUUGUGAGGGGCAGGUGGACGCUGCUGCUGUCUUGGGGAAAGAUCGGACUGCCUUUGUGUGCGUGAACCUCUGCGCUUCACAGGACUACUUGAAAGCAAUAAAAACACAUCAAUGAAGGAAAGAAGACAGAGCCAGAAGCUGCCGCUUAAAUCCGGAAUGGAUCCCAACCAGAGUGUGAAAUGCAAGAUAGUGGUAGUGGGGGACAGCCAGUGCGGCAAGACGGCGCUGCUGCACGUCUUCGCGAAGGACUGCUUCCCGGAGAACUACGUUCCCACUGUGUUUGAAAAUUACACGGCCAGCUUUGAGAUCGAUACGCAAAGGAUUGAACUCAGUCUGUGGGACACCUCAGGGUCUCCGUACUACGACAACGUGCGGCCACUGUCGUACCCGGACUCCGAUGCCGUGCUCAUCUGCUUCGACAUCAGCCGACCGGAGACGCUGGACAGCGUGCUGAAGAAGUGGAAGGGCGAGAUACAGGAGUUCUGUCCCAACACCAAGAUGCUGCUGGUGGGCUGCAAGUCUGACUUGCGCACGGACCUGACCACGCUGGUGGAGCUGUCCAAUCACAGGCAGACGCCAGUGUCAUAUGAUCAGGGUUCCAACAUGGCCAAGCAGCUGUCGGCCCCCUACAUCGAGUGCUCAGCACUGCAGUCGGAGAACAGCGUGCGGGACAUCUUCCACGUGGCCACCCUGGCGUGCGUCAACAAGAGCGGCAAGCACGCCAAGCGCAGCAAGACACCGCGCGCCUCCAAGCGUAUUUCCCACAUGGCGGGCCGGCCGGAGCUCUCCACAGUCACGUCCGACCUGCGCCAGGACAAGGCAAAGAGCUGUGCGGUCAUGUGACUGUCUGGCCUCCACCCCCUAUUGUGGUUUUGUGAGCACCGGGUGCGGGCGAUGAAGAUGGAUCGAGGUGCAGGGCGUCCUGCCCGCUGAUCCCCUGGAUGUGGGGGAGUGAGAGACGAGCCUUGGGCUCCUGCACUUCAAAGCCCAGGCUGGGAUUGAUGUGCCCCUCCCCCCCCCCAAACCCCACCCCACACGAGCCCCUCAGGGGGACACAGACCAGAGGCGGCUGGCCCCGGCACCUUCCUGCACAAGUUCCGAUGGCCUCUAGUUUCUGAAUAACAUAUUUUGAGAACCCCAAAGGGACGACCGCUCGGCCCAUCCUGCUUGCCUCACUUUAUCCAGCCUGGAAGUGAUGUCACUUCCUGAGGAAGUGGUGAGGGUUUGGUGGAGCCUCUGCGGGAAAUGAGGAAGCUAUCCAAUCGUGGCCCGUUCUCCUUGCACAGGGUGCUAAGCUUUGCUUCUGGGAAAGGACAGGUUUCUCCUAAAAUGAAGAACAGCCAAUCACUGUGGACCCAAAUAAAUGCCCCCUCCCCUCCCUAUGCCGUGGGUCUGAAAGGUGAAAACAGGAACUCCUUUGUUUUGCAGAUCUGUCGUAACAAAGAUCAGCUGUCAUGCUAGUUUUUCAUAUUGUCUUGUAAAAACCUCACACCCUGUUUUCCAGCCAAAGAGUAAAAUCUGUGGCAGCGGUGACACUGCAAGUUGAUCCUAACUGGACCUUCAAAAUGCAUGUGGUGGGGCGGGCAAGAGCGUGGCCGCCCUGCGGGUCCUCACAGGCUGACACCCUAAUCGGGGCGCCUGUGGUCUGACUGCUGUCUUUGCUCUGAAGUGCCCAACUAUGCAAAGCUCACUUUGAUCCUGGGGGGGCACCCAAAUAGGAAAGAAACCAAUGAACUGUUUUUGUAUGUUUUUCCCCUAUAAUUGUUUUUCUACACAAUAUUUGAGUUUUUUGUGUUUUGGUCAAACUUAAGUUCUGGGUACUGAACAGUUCGGACUGGAAAUUCAACCCAUUGUGGUGUGGUUUUGUUAGCAUUUGCUAAGAGCUGCAUCAGUGCAACCCCAGCCAUGAGAUGGAUCUGGUGCAGGGUUUAGCACAGUAUUAUUGGUUCAUGUUCUCUCUAUUUAAAUGUAAAAAUAAAUUAAGUUAAAUUGUUCCAUGUAGAGCAACCCAUUUUUUUGGAAUGUUGUCUAUCAUUGUUCAUGCAGUAUUUAUUGAAGUAUAUAUUUUCCUUCCAAAAUAAAUAUUUCAGCGCAAAGUGCCGUUUGUAAAUGA